GUAUACAUGAGAGUAAAUAAAGUUAGUGAAAGGGUUAGAGACACAGUAGGCUUCAACGGAAUAAAUAAUCGAAGAUGUCGCGCACAACAGUAGACGAAAGGUUUUCCUCGCUUCGCAUGACAUCAUGCUUCAGAGCAGAGAGGGCAGGGCGGCAGACAGAGAGCGAGGGGGAGGAGAGACGCCGCGCAGGCGCAGAUCGGCAUUAAAAACUAACAGCAGCGCUCACUGAGGGAGAGGAAGAGAGAGCAGGUUGGAACGGAUUAAAGGCGUCGCGUGUCAGUGUCCCAUCCAACAUCAUCAGCACCACAAAACCCGGACCGCUGGGAAAGAGCAUUUUAAUUAACAGACCCGUUUAGAAAUUCACCCCCCCCCCUCCUUUAAACAUGUCUGUGGGUAGUGACUUUGGGAACCCUUUAAGAAAAUUCAAACUGGUCUUUCUGGGGGAGCAAAGUGUUGGGAAGACAUCUCUGAUCACGAGGUUCAUGUAUGACAGCUUUGACAACACAUAUCAGGCCACAAUUGGAAUAGACUUCCUGUCAAAAACGAUGUACUUGGAGGACCGAACGGUGAGGUUGCAGCUGUGGGACACGGCUGGACAGGAGCGCUUCAGGAGCCUCAUUCCCUCCUACAUACGAGACUCUACUGUGGCCGUGGUGGUUUAUGAUAUUACAAAUGUGAACUCCUUCCAGCAAACGUCCAAAUGGAUCGACGACGUCAGAACAGAGAGAGGAAGUGAUGUCAUCAUCAUGCUAGUCGGCAACAAAACAGACUUGGGAGACAAGAGGCAGAUCACCAUAGAGGAAGGAGAACAGCGGGCCAAGGAGCUCAGUGUCAUGUUUAUUGAGACCAGCGCCAAGACAGGCUACAACGUCAAACAGCUGUUUCGGCGUGUGGCGUCGGCCCUUCCCGGGAUGGAGAGCAUGCAGGAGACGAGCAAGGAGGGAAUGAUUGACAUCAAGAUGGACAAACCGCAGGAGCCUCCGACCACUGAAGGCGGGUGCUCCUGUUGAUCCUGAUUGGAAGUGUUCGUCUCCACCACUUGCUUGUGUUACUUCCUAUUGGUUAGCCUCCACUUGGGUUUUCAGAUUAGAAUCUGGUCUUUUCAGUUGGAAACUAUCGUUAUACACGUAAAACACACUCUACUUUAUUAAUAAAUAAUGCCAAAAGAAAAGUCUUUAAAAUUAUUACAAUAAUCAUGAACAAAAAAUAUCCCAUAACCACAUAAAUGUAAUAUACUUGUUUUUGUAAAAGUAGAAUGGAACGUUUUCUUUUUUUUCCUUUUUGUAUUUUUGUAAUGUUAAAGAAAUAAAACAACCCAAAUUCUCCUCUUGGUUAGAGGCUCAAACGGCACCCUGUUGUUCCCUAUAUAGUGCACAAAUAAAGCCCUGGUAAGUGCACUCUGAAGGGAAUAGGGUGUCACUGUGAUGGAAGGAAAGAGAUGAAUUGGAACACGCCAUCUCUAAUGGCUAGAGAGGGCAAACUGACCAGUAACUUUUCACUGAAUAUCUAAUGCAUGCAUGCCAAUUAUUAUUAUUAUUUUAUAUAUUUAAUAUAUAUAUGUUUUUUUGUAUUUUUUUUAGGUUGGCUUAUUAAUGUGCUGUCUGCUGAUGUACACUGUUUGGAUAUGAAAAUGCUCUUAACCAACACGUGUUCACUCAUUUAUUUUUGUCUUCACAAAAUGCUGUGAUUGAAGCUGGGUUUUAAUAGUGUGUGUGUGUGUGUGUGUGUGUGUGUGUGUGUGUGUGUGUGUGUGUGUGUGUGUGUGUGUGUGUGUGUGUGUGUGUGUGUGUGUGUGUGUGUGUGUGUGUGUGUGUGUGUGUGUGUGUGUGAAUGUACGCUUUCUAUAUGAGAAACUGUAGAAUGCAACCAUCCACUGAGGGCAGCUGCCAAGCUGAGUCCUCACAGGGGACGUUCUAGCUGGUUAUCACAACUGUAGAGGGGCUUGGGUUUGCCGCGUCACUCCUCCUUGCUGCUGUUGUUGCGACUGCACUGUGUCAUACUAUCUACUAUGGUAUUGUGGUUAGGUGUUUGUCCCAAAGAGCACCCUACUCCUUAUACAGUGGACUACUUUGGACCAGGCCAAAACAGGGAAUAGAGCAGAGUGGAUAGAAGAUAGGUAGCAGAAAGCUUACCCCUCGCCUCCUAAACAGUAACUAAAAUAAAAUUAAAUAUUUUUAAACUCAUCCUUUUAUGCUUUAUAUGAAGUUCCCCUCCACUGUUUCAGUAAAAAAAAAAAAAAAGCAGCUCGUCAUUCACCACAUAAACAAGUUGUAACAGUUCCCUCGUCCUAGCCUGAGGGCCAGUCUGUUUGUGUUAUCAUGCCAACUCCCUGUCACUCAUUGUCAUGCCAAUUGACAGACAGUCAUGGAGUAAACAAGAGCACAGGGAGGAUCAGGCUAUCCUGGUAUCUGGUAACAGUUGCACGUUCCUGUCAAAUAAAUCAAGAACAAAUGACUCAUUUGCACAUGUCAACCUUUGAGGUUAUUAUGAAGUUGUUCCCAGAGGCCUCGAUUCCUGUCCGAGUAGUUCCCUUUUUAUGUACUUCUCUCUAUAUGCGUUUUUCUGACUGUAAACUUAAAGCUGCAAUAUGUACUUUUUUUUAUGCAUGACAGGACAAAAAUUAAAAAUAGAAAUGUGUAUUAUA